AUGCGUCCCCGCUUUCUCCGGUCCGCCCUCGGCUCGGCCCUCGCCGCCGCCCUGCUUCUCCUCCCCGACGCCGCCUCAAGCCGAUGCGAUCCCCUCAGCGCCCAGUGCCCGCCCGUCAAGGCGCUCGGCGGGACCUGCAACGUCGACUUCCGCAAGGGCGCCGCGGCCGACUCGUUUAACGCCUCGGGCACGCCCUCGUACGGCGGCGACGGCGUCUCCUUUUCCGUGGCCCGCGGCGGCGACGCGCCCCAGCUCAACUCAAAAUUUUACAUCAUGUUUGGCUACGUCGAGCUGACGGCCAAGGCGGCCCCCGGCGCCGGCAUCGUCUCGUCGCUCGUGCUCAUGUCGGACGACCGCGACGAAAUCGACAUUGAAUGGCUCGGCUCCAGCCCGGACGAGAUGCAGUCCAACUACUUUGGCAAGGGCCGCACCACCAACUACAACCGCGGCAUGUUCCACGCCGUGCGCGCCACCCAGGACCGCUGGAUCACCUACGCCAUCAACUGGUCGGCCGACGGCAUCGACUGGCUCGCCGACGGCGUCAAGCUACGCUCCCUGUCCCAGGCAGACGCCGACGCCGACCAGUACCCGCAGACACCCAUGCGUAUUCAGUUCGGCGCCUGGGCCGCCGGCGACCCGGCCCACAACGAGCCCGGAACCGUCGAUUGGGCGCACGGUCCCACCGACUACUCGCGCGGGCCCUUUGCCAUGCACGUCCAGUCGCUGCGCGUCGUCGACUACUCGACGGGCAAGCGGUACCGCUACCUGGACCAGUCGGGCUCGUGGGAAAAGAUCGAGGCCAUCGACGGCGCCGUCAACGGCAACAAGGACAGCGCCGUCGUCGUCCCCGGCGGCGCCCCGGUCGGCGCCGCGCCCCCCUCGCGCUCCGGCGGCGCCGGCGCCGUGCCCCCCGGCGGCAUCGCCCGCGACGGCAGCCCCGCCGCCCGCACCCAGACGGGCUAUCCCUGGGUCCCCGGCGCGAGCCCCACGGGCGGCACCAUCCCCAGCGGCUGGCACAUGACGUCCGAUGGCAAGAUCGUGCGCGACUCGUCCUCGGGCUCGCCCGCCGCCGUCCGCGCCUCGUUACCGCUGCUGCUGGUGGCUGCGCUCUUGACCCCGCUGGCUUGCCGCGCUGUCCUCGCCUUGCCCGGCGCGCUCAGAUGA